UCAUAAGCAAAGCUACUCCUUUUAUUUCCACACAUUUUGUCCCCCCUUCUAACGGCUACUUUUCACUUGCUCUCAUUUUUCAUCUUCUUGGUUAUGACCCAGAACUUGACUAUACUUGCAAGUUACAACCAGUUUGUAGGGCAGAUUGCGUAGAUAAUGAUGGAUAAAGUAUAUGAAGAGUUAGAUGAUGCUAAAGCUGAGAUUGAGACAUUGAGGGCAGAUAAUAUAUCAAAGGGACAACUUACUGAGAGCUUGAGGAGGGCGAAUGAUAAGCAGCUCAUUCGGAUUCAAGAAAUCAGUAAAGAGCUUGAGACACAACGACAAGAAUCAAGUGAAAAGGACCAUGAAUUGUCUGAAAUGAGGCAAAUGCUCGAAGAAAUCAAAUGUAACUUGAAUGAGAAACAGGGCAUUGUCGCGCGUCUUAGUUAUACCAACGAUAAGCUUCGUACUAGUCAUGCGGAGGAGAUUUGCAAAUAUGAAGAAGAAAAGAGGGACCUGGUUUUUAAGUUGGAGGAAGAAAACGCAAAGAACAUAGAUAAUGAGCAAAAGAUUCGGAGACUUGAGGAAGUAAUUGAAGGUCUCAAAGGAGUCUUAUCUGUUUCACAGAAGAAGCGUGUAGGUGCAGAAGAGUUGGGUAAAGCAUCUACAGAGGUUAGAUACAAAGAUGAUAUUUUGCUCAAAUUAGAGGAUGAAAAUACGGAGCUCAAAGGCCAGCUAAAGAGCAAGAGAGAACAGUUUGAACAUCUAAAAGAAGCCCAUGAAAGGCUUCGAGAUCAGCUACAAACAAAUACCAAAGAAUGGGAAAAGGAGAAAUCUGCAUUGCUGGAUGAGAUGGAUACACAACAGGAAAAAUUAGAUUCUCAAACUAGAAUUCUAAAAGAUCUUCAGAGCCGUCUACAGAUGUGCAACCAAGCUCUAGCUCAUGAAGAGAGCCGCCGAAAGAGCCUGGAACUUCAACUUUUAGAAUCCAAAAGAUGGUUUGACGAUGUUUCUUUAGAAUGUGAAGAGGCCAAGUCGAAACUUGAAUGUCUAUCAAGCAAAAAGGAUAAAGACAUUGCUACUCUCCGAGACUUGCUGGGAACAAAAGAGACAUUAUAUAAAGAGUUGGAGUAUAAAAUCAGAAGGUUAGAGCAAGAUGAUCAAGAUUUGAAACUAUCCCUCAAAGAAUUUCAGGAAGCUCAAAUCAAACAAGCAGGAAGUUCCUCUUCAAUGUCAAAGCUUCGGAACAAGCUCAAAUGCUUGGAGCAGACUCAUACAGACUGUUCCGCGAAAUUUAAAAUCAGAGAAGCUGAUUGGUUUUCCGAAAAGGAAAGAUUGAUAAAGGAUCUGAACUGUUGCAGGUCUGACCAAGAGGGUCAAGGACAGCUUAUACAGGAACUUAAUCUGGAGAUAGAAGGUUGCCAUUCUCUGAUACAGCAGCUAAUGAUGCAGAUUGAGGAAUCUUCGAUUAUGCUAUUAGUGAUGCAGUCAGAAAUUAAGGAGGCUCAGUUGAAGCUUGGUGAUGAUGAUAUAGAGAAUCUUUCCUUUCUAAAGCAACAGUUAGAGAUUAAGGAUAAUGCUAUUGUAGCAGCGAUAAAUGAGGUAGAAGAGGAACGCAGAAAAGUAGAAUAUUUAUCAAGGAGAAUUGAAUCGUUUAAUCUUAUCGAUGAAGAGCAGCUUACGCUGAAAAAUGAUCUUGAUCACCACAAGAAAAUGGUUGUGGAUUCCUUCACUUGUCAACAGCAUCUAAAGGAUCAAGUACUGCAGCUGAAAGGCGACUUGAACAGAGUUUAUGAUGCCCUUGAUAAGGCAAAUGAAGAACUUGCUCAGAAGUUCUGUGAAGUUAAGGAAGCUGAAUACGAGAUACAAGCAUGGGAAUAUAUUGCUGAACGGUUAAAGAUUAAAAUGGAGGAGAACUAUCAGUUGCGUAUGCAAGUAGAAGCUUCUCUUCUUGAACAAGUUUCAGUUGAGGUUACUCUUGAACAAGAAAAAGAAGACAUGGUACUUAUGUUGUCAGAGAAGGAUGGAAGAAUAAACCAUCUUCUGCAAAAGGUUCAAUCAAUGGAAGAGGAGCUUAAGUUAAAAGAAUCCGUUGUGCAAGUAUUGGAACAGAAAGAUAGAGAAAUAGAUGAUCUUCAAUUGAAGAUUGUGUCGUUGGAUCAGAAGCUCCAAUUAAGUGAAGAAGCAGCUUGUACGCCAGCAAGAAGAGCACAAGCUCUUGUAAAGAAAGAGUGCAAUAUCUCUGAAAGAGAAAUAGAAUGGUGGGAUAAAGAAUGGUUGAGUAAAGAACUUGAAACAACCAUAUUUGCACAAUUCGAUGCGCAGAAAUUAUAUGAGCAUGAGAACAAGAAACUUUGCGAUCUAGUAGAUGAAAAAUCACAGAAGAUUGUUGAAUUCCAUAAGCAUGUCAAUUCUCUGGAAAAGGAGUUUGAAAAUUCAACUUCCUCGUUUUCAUCUCUACUAGUAAAGCUGCAGACGGAGACUAAUUUGUUCCAUGAAGUCCAGGAGAAGUUCACAACAACCAUGGUUCUGAAAGAGCUUGAAAUCCAAUAUAAAAAUUUGAUGAUAGAAGAACUGGAGAACUUUUCAAGUCAUUUACAGCAGGAAUCAGACCUGCGUGAGAAAAUGUUGUCAAAUUCCAUCCAGAAAAGGGAUGAACAUAUAGGAGCUGAAGUGGAACUGUUUGACAGGUUCAAUAAGUUGUAUAAUGAAGAUAUGCAGCUGGUAAAAAGCUUGGAAGGUAUUGUACAGAGCAUUGAUGACUAUGGGAAGGAGAGGAGAGACAAUGAAGACUACUUUGACCCUGUUAAAGAAAACUUGAUCAUUUCACCCUCACCCAGGAAAUUGAAAAUUGAAAAACCAGCAUUGACAGUUUCUUCGUCUCCAUCGACUGAUGGAAGAUCUCCAUUGAGCACUCUCAACAGGAUGUCGCAUCUCUAGACAGAGCUACUUAUUUCUUUGGCUUGUUAUCCUGCUACCAUUAGAAAUUAUUUAAUUUGUUUUUUAACAUUCAAUGUGUAUUUGUCUUCCACGAAAAGUUCCCAUUUGGAGAAUUUUUUCUCUCUAAAGGUGUGAAUUUACUUGUCUUUCUUGGUAAAGAAUGUAUUGCUAUCCACAAGCAUCACUGUGUUGGGUUGUUGAGGAUUAUCCUACUUGAUAAAUAACAACUACAAGUACCCUCUUGGUUUAAUAA